AUGGAUGUUAAAAAUGGUCCUUUUCAGCUUAUCCGUACCGAAGAAGGAAAACCUAUGGCGGCAUGCUUACCAGCUGGUCGCGAGGCCGAAAAGUUUAAUCGCAGCCUGACGAGUCGCCUCAAAUACCAUGAGUAUCUACCGGUUUUGGGAAUGGAGGCUUUCACGGAGGCGGCUUGUCACUUGGUACUCGGAGAAAACAGCCCAGCAAUCAAGGAUGGCAGGUACUUUGGCACACAAUGUUUGUCCGGUACUGGAUCUUUACGUGCUGGAGCUGAGUUCUUGGCUCGAGUUCUCGGCUAUAAGGUUGUCUACCUGAGUAAUCCAACUUGGGGUAAUCACAAGCUGGUGUUCACAAACUCUGGCUUCGACAAGAUUUGCAGUUAUACCUAUUGGGAUCCGAAUAAUAGGAGAGUUGACAUCGAUAAGGUUCUCAGCGAUUUAGAGAAUGCACCGGAAAAGUCAGUUGUUGUACUCCAUGGGUGCGCUCAUAAUCCAACUGGUAUGGAUCCCACUCAAGAGCAAUGGAAGCGAAUUUGUGAUGUCAUUAAGGUGUGUUGA